AUGUCAGUAUGGUCAUGGGAAGAGACCGAUACAUGCAGGGCAGAACUUUUCCCCAAACUUUCUCAAGAAUCUGUUCGGGAAUUGUACAAUCGUUGGGGUGGCAUUCCCCGGUUUACCUUGUUAUAUGCUUUUAAUGAUUUUCAGCAACGUCUUCUUGACAAGGCAAUUAACUCAGUUAAUGAGUCUAUAUUCAAAUUUAUUGAGAAGGAGACAGUGGAAGUAGAGGAUAAUCCUUCGUCAAAAACUCCCACAGUAACCAAACCAGAUAAAGGGAAAAGUAUUGCAGGGAAAGAGGUAAUGAGUAUACUCACAAUGCAUUACAGGGAUGAGCUGUUGAAUUUUGCGCGAGCUAGCCCAGCGAUAAGUGCUUACGGUACUACACUUCGGGUUGAACAACAAAUACCCAGCCGGGAAAAAUUGGUGCUCAGCAAUAUUGAAGAGAUUAAACCUAACAUGUACUGUAUACCAACCCAACAAAACAACGCGUCCUUCGAUGCAUAUGUUUCUCCCGACACAUUCUUCCAAAUGACUAUUGCUGGGAGUUAUCCUAUCGUCAGGAGUGGCUUGGAGAAAUAUAUUAAUGAAAACGACAAUUUCGAAAUCAAGUUUUAUUUUGUCCUGCCAAACACACUGUAA